AUGUCUGACACCGGCUCAGAUGAGAUCAUGAUGGCGCGUGGCAACAAGUUUCGAGGCCCAUCCGCUACCCCAGACAAGGCAAAGAAAGAGGCAUUGGAAGAGUUGGAGCGACUGCGUGCAGAGAUCGUCCAGAAAGCCCAUCUAAACCGUUUCAAAAACCUUGAAUAUGAUAGUGCCAAUCCAGAAGCCCUGGUCAAAUGCAGAAAGGGACCAGGAACGGACCCUAGUUCAGAUUUCUACCGAAUCAUGGCACACCGUCGCCGCGAAGGAAAGGUAGCCACUGUUGUAGAAAAGACAACCCCUUCUUCCUCAGACAGCGCAUCUUCUGAAACAGCAGCAGCAGCAGCAGCAGCAGCAGCAGCAGAAGAAGAGGUGACGAUGGACCCCGCCAUUGCAUAUGUUAUACAAUGGGAGCAAUACAUCCAAAGCCCUCACAUCUACCCUAUCGUCGAGGAUGGAAAGAUGCAUUUAUCGCAGACUCCAACUGCAGAGCAUGAGCAUAUCGAACGGCAGAUGUCGCAAACCGGCAUUGAUCCGGCCAACGCUCAGGUUGACAAAGACAUGCCGCGCCCAGACAACAAAUGGGCCGACGCCUUCUACGCAGACUGGGAAUACCGGCCUCGCGCAUACUCUGGCCUGGAGGCUUUCCGCGACUGGUUUCGCCGUUGGCUCGAUAGCAACAUUCAGAUCUGCUGCUAUGCAGAUAUCUACCACGAAGCGUUCUUCGACGGCACAGCUCAUCCCGACGGUGUACGCACCAUGUACAUCCCCAAUCUGGACGAUAAAGAGACUGGACUUGAUAAGAGCGAUGAGAUGAGUAUGCUUCAUGCUCAUGAGACCGCGGAGGGAUACUGCCACAAUUGGGUGCUGCAUACCAGAAAACACGAGGAGGAACAGCGGGUUCAGAAGGACUUGCGACGGCAGGCCUACAUCGAAGCCAUGAGGGCCCCACCCCAGAGCAAUCCAAACUCCCCCAAGGCGAACGUCUACUUGCGUCCCGCCCAGUUCGAAGAUUCCCAAGGAAUUCUCCAGAUUAUGAACUGGUAUGCCAAGAACUCCACGUUGAGCACUGACGUCCGGAAUCUUGAAACGGGAGACGUUCGCCAGCGCAUUGAAAAUUGCGAGGAAAACAAGUUGCCCUUCAUCGUUGCCGUCGAGCGCAAUACCGGACCAAUUCGAGACAACUCACCUGAGAAUAUUCUAGGCUAUGCUUUGGCCAAAGAUUCCGUUGGAAUAGAGACCAGCGGUCGUUUCACAGCGGAGCUCCACGUUUUCGUAAAAACAGGGUUCAAACGCCAGGGCAUCGGAAGGUGCCUGAUAGACAAGCUGUUGGAGGUGUGCGAUCCCACCUACAUUCCCAAGGGCGGUUACUUUUUCAAGGCCACCUUUGACGAACAGCCCAGGUUUGGUGCCGGGGGUCCCCGCCGACUGGCUCGUCUUUUCUUCGCCGUUGGUUACCAGUCUGAAAGAAGCCACGAGGCCCGAUGGCUGAUGGAAUGGCUGUUCGAUAAGUACGACUUUGAGGAGCAGGCUAUUCUGAAAGGAGCGAGAGUGAAGUUCGAUCACUUUAACGACGUCUCUUACCUUGUUCGAACCGUUGGCUAUACCUCCAACAUUCGAUUCGAAUAUUGAAUCUUCUAAACGUCUACUGUUGGGUGCCUAGGGAGUCACUGUUUUGGUUUGAUUGAGCCGAUAUCUUGACGUGUUCUCUAAGAAGGCCCGAUAUUUUCUUUUGUCUAAUUUGCUUUCCUGCUUAGUCGAGAGAUUGCAUUUCCUUUACCAGCCCAAUGAGAAACGUUGGGAAUGGUAAAGGAAAAGAAAAAGAAAUAUCCAAAAAAAAAGAAAAAAAAAAGAACAAAAGACAAGCAAAAGAGAGAACUGCGAUUAUCUAGUUGAAGAAAAAUGGUGUAUUUAGUUUUGCUGUUUCAUUUGUUUGCCUGAACAGCGCGGAGUUUCCAUCUCACACUCAGUUUAGUCCCGCCAAUCGAUCGGUGGAUCCCUUCCAG